GACCACGAGAUCCGCCAAGCUACAGGUGCUGUAUCUGCAAGCUAUUCAUGUCAUCCGCCGCUGCACAAGACAACCCUCACGGCCUGGUGGCAUAGCGCGGGUCGAGGAGAUGGAUGGCAAAGGCUGGAAAUUGCCAACGUGGUGUAAGCCGCUCUUGUGGAGGGAAGAGAGAUGCGUCCAAAGGAAUGCGCUGGCAGACGACUCGCUCUUUUCCAUCUGCCCUGUGCACAGGAUCAGCCAGACAAGCUCGCCUAUGCAGAGAACACAGAGUUGCUGCAAGAGUUCCAAGACACCGAGCUGCCUGAUGACUUACUUGACUGCUAGUAUCGCCUUGCCCCUUUCCUCGCGCAGUCACUGCGCCACGACAAGGGCUUCACCUACGGCCGACUCUCCUCCACCUUGGCUCGCUUCUUCUUGCGAGCGAACAAGAAUAGAUUGCGACGCUAGCGCUUUUGGACUGCAACGCUCUUUGUGCUGCUGCUGGUCCUGCUGUGCUCUGUGCUGUACGGCAGGCAACAGCUGCACGCGGGCAAGAGCAAGAGGCGCCAAAGUUGCAGCCGGCUUGUGCGACGAUUUCGAACUGCGAAGAAGUCGCGUUCCUGGCAGCAACUAGUCCAUCACUGGGCAAAUCUUGCUGGUGCAUUGGCAGGUCUAGACAAGAGGGAAUGGACAAGGACCAGUCGGGCUCGACGAUAAAGAAGAAUACUUCCGCUUGUGAGUGGAAGGAGCUGGCGAGCAGAACGUCACCGAGGAGCGGUGCGUGUGUCAAGAGUCGUACGAUGUUCGGGCUUGACUGGAUCUCGCCUUGGCGGAGUAAUAUCCAAUGCUACAGUAGUCGGCUUCCAGACUUCCGCACGCUUUCUGCCUCCCGUAGUGCUAGUUGGAUACCGCCUAGACUUGGGCCUCGGCUGCUGGACACCGCCUAGGUACAGCGACAGCCUACCGCACGUGC